UGAUGGCGCUUGAUUUGACUCCUCGGUUUAGAAGGUUGAACAGCCAAACUCGAAGCUUUCGUGAAAAUCUACAGCAUGGCUUCUCUGGGCCCUUUGGUGCCACCCAGCUGUGGCACAACAUCAUCCAAGCCCUACAGACUCAAGUGGAAGUACGCAGCUGCAGGAGACAUUUACGUGUUUACGCUGAAUGUUUCACAGGCUCAGACGCUGUGGACGCAGUUCUCAGUUACUUGAUGCAGAACGUGGCAUUUUGCACAAGUGAAGUUUCUCGUCUCAAAGCUGCUCGGCUCUGUCAGGCUUUGAUGGAGGCGAAGGUAUUUGAACCAGUAGGCACAAAGCUGUUUCGCAGGGACAAGGAGGUGACCUUUGAGGACAGCAGCUGCAGUCUUUACCGUUUUCUGGAAUACAAAGGAUUUUCGAAUUCUGAUGUGAAGGGAAACAUUAAUGCAGAAAACAUACUGCCAGAACAACAGGAGAUAAAAAAGAAGAGGAGCUCAAGGAGGCUGAAUGAAUUAAGAACAAUUGCCAAUCCUCUUGCUGUUGGAUCUUCAGACAGAAGGGUUGAAAGAUUGCUAAGGGCCAUCAAUCUGCAGCCAUCCUUGUCUGCAGCUCACAACAGAACCACCACAUCUUCUACCUUUCUUUCCAAAACUGUGUCAGAUCAGGUUUGGAAGCAGCAAACCGUGUUGCAGCUGCUGCAGUUAGUAGAAUUGCCAGUGUUGGACUGCAUUCUUACCUCUCCUGAAAGAGUUCAUCCCCAAACCUGCAAAGCUCCUCUGGCCAACCAGGAUCUGGUUAUCUCUAACACAUGCUUGGAACGAGAGCUGUCUGACACCCUUCCCCUACCCCAGUUGGAUGAGUGGCUGUCAGCAGCAGCAGACUGUUUGGAACUCUUUCCCGACCAGCUGAUCGUGGUUGCAGGAGAACAGCUAAGCCUGCAAUGUGGAAAUGCGUCUUUGGAGGAUCCCAGUGCAGAACAUAUGACAAGCAAGAAGAGGCUGUUGUUUGAUACCAUUGCCAAAUACUACAGUGGACAAGAAAAAUCUCCACUCAUUUCAGGGCGUUACCUGGACAUACAUAUUGCAGUUCUGAAUUUACUGGAUGAAGGGAAGCUACAGGAUGCCAUCAAAGCAUCUCAAUUGUGUUUGCGGCUGCUGGAAACAAGUCUGAGAGAUGAACUGCAAAGACUUCUGGCCUUCAUGGCGAUAGCAGCUUGCUCAGAUGCUUGCCGUCUGCAGAAACAGACUGAUAACAGAUCCUUGGUGUGCCGCACAUUUCAGAGAGCUCUUGUUCAGAAUCAUGAAUUGACUCGAUCACAAAGUGAAGCUCUGGUGUUCUUUCUCAUGGACAAUCACUCUGAGCUCUUCAAGACACCUACAACCCUUAUUGAAGCUGUGAGGAGCACACUGAGGACUGUGCAGCAGGGAAAAGAUCCUGACUCAUUUGCUACGUUCACCUUCUGCCAGCAGGUGACUCCACAGGAAUACGAGGACCAGCGUGAGGCUACCACCCUGGAGAGCCUCAAACAACUUCUUCAUGACAUUUCCUCGAGCAAGAGGAUGUCUGCCAAGGAGAAGAGGAGGAUGCUCAAAGAAUUUGAAAAGCAUCACCCCGUGGUCUUCCUGCAGCACUUUUCUAGCACUUUCUGAAACACACAAGUAGCUGGGACUGGUUUGACUUCAUGGGUGUACCUACAAAUUCAUGCAGUUUCAGGAUUUUAAAAAAAGGUUAAACUUGAAUGCAUUUUAUGAUUCUAACUAACAAGGAAGUACUGACUUGCAUAUGGUUACACCUCUAAUGUGUAGUAUGCAGAGUGGGGAUGGCAUUCUGAGGUGGAUACAUACUACAAAUGCUUUUCAAACGGCAUGUUUCCAUGGGUGUAAUCUUUCCAAAUCCAAAUAAAUCACGAGGUAAUGAUAGCUGAAGUUUUAUUUUUAAAUUUGCUGGUAACUUGAAGGCAAUGAAAUUUUAGUUCAGUACAUCUGGUCAACAACUGCUGUAAAAAGUAUUGCACUAGUUUGAAAACUAUAUUGUUGGCACAGAUUUUACAUUCUACAAUUUAGCUUUACUGCAGGAUAAAAUCAAGUGUUAAAAGGGUGUAAAGGGAAUACUUAAAUUUCAGUACUAAAUGAAUUCUCACAGCCAUCAAAUGGUUGUUUUGAGGCAACAUUAAGUGAACAGCUUAUGCUUCUAGAUUGAAGUGCUCUAUUUGUAUGUGUAAUACUAAACUUUUUUUUCCAGUGUGCAUCAGGCCUUGGGAAUAGUGUUGUGCUUUUCUGGGGCUGUGCAUUUUAAUUAAGCAUUAAUUUCUCUACAUCACAAAAAGAUGUAAAGAUGUUAUCCAUUUUGAGGCCUUGAUUUGGUAGCUGUACUUGAAAGAAAAAUACUAAUUGUUGUAAUAAUUUCUUUUUCUGUGAACGUUCUAAAAAAUGUUAUUAUUAAAUGACAGCAGGAAGGGUGUUAGGAUAACUAUCCUCAUGUAUAAUUUUAUGGUUAAUGACUGUAUUUAGUGCCAUAAUUUAAAUAUUCUAAUUGGAAGUUUUUAGGAUUUUUACUUGAAAGAUAGACAUUAUGACCUCAUUGGAAAAAGUGCGGUACUCUAACUGGAUAUGCUACUGAUGUAAUUUUUCUUUAAAAAUUAUAAGCAUCACUGUAAUGAAGACAUGGUCGUAAUAAAAAAUGUGGUCUCAUUUUAUUUUCAGAAACAUUGAAAUCAUCUAAAAAAAUGCAAUUUAUGAUGCUGAAACAUACUUUAUUUUGUUUCAGAUUAACAUGUUUAAUAAAGCCUUUCUAAAACUUUCGAUGUUGCAGUGUAUGUACCACAGUGCAAACUAGAAGUCAGUGUUUUGUAAUGGAAUAGUGAGGAUAAAUAUAAAUUAUGAUUUUUUUUUUUGACACACUUCAUCUGUUUCUGAUUAGGA